CUCGUGUGUUGCAUCUAUUCUGGAGAAACGAAACUGGAUGAAUUGACGCCCUCUACAGCUAAAUGUGGUUUUCCAGAACCGUCCUCUCACUUCAAACUCAAGUCAGAUCAAAUCAACGACGACAUGGUAUUGUUGACGGUUCUUGCGGUUGCUGCAGGCGCCGGUGCUUCGGUGGUCAUGGCUCCAGUGGUUCUGGGUGCGGUCGGGUUCACCUCAGCUGGGAUAGCAGCAGGAUCCUAUGCUGCAGGCAUGAUGUCAAGCGCAGCCAUCGCUAAUGGAGGUGGGGUGGCGGCGGGGAGCACCGUGGCUGUCUUACAGUCUUUUGGAAUGGCUGGUAUUUCAGGCGCUGCCUCUGCAGCUGUGGCCACUGCAGGAGGGAUGGUAGGAGGACUCGUUGCUGCAAUCAUCUGAGACCAAUGUUUUUUUUGUCAAAUGGACAUAACUCCAUAUUGUAUUCCUUAUUUUAAACAGCAGAACCUCCGUUCAGUUGUUUCAAUAAAAUCAAUAAAAUCUCA